AUGAGGAGCAGUCCCGCAGGAAUCAGGGAGAUGGAGAGGGCUCCUGCCAUUAGCGUGUACUUGUAGCUUUGUUAGCUCUGUCAUUAACUUAACCUGGUUGACCAGCCUUCUUCCAGCCUGCAGCACGAAUACAAACACUAUAGAGCUGACAUUUUCUCCCCGUUGCAGAGGCACAAGGCAGCAAGUGGACUAACAUUUCGGUUGGAAGAAUAUCGACCGAGAUGUGUAACGACCUGGACUGGAUAUCAGGGACCUACCUGGCUGCCAGUCUGUCGCCUGACAGCUGGCACCUGGCUGCUUAGCUAGCUAAAUAGCUAGCUAGGUGAGCUGACGGUGUUUUUCGGGCUUAUAGUCCGGAUCAUAGUUUAGCUAGUGCUGAUUUAGGUUUAGAGUGAAAAGCGGCUUCUCAAGCAGCGUUUGACUCCGCCUGCUGCACAAGCCAUGAGUUAGCUGAAGAGCAUCGGGCAGCAGUAUUUGGGAUAUUUUGAAGUCCGGCUAGUUUAUCUAGCUUUUAGCUUGAAGCCAGCUAGCAGCAUUCAUUCAGCUGCUGAAGCGUUAACACCAGCUCUUCUGGGAGUCGGGACUGACUUUGCCCAGCUGUAGUCGUUGUUGCGUCACUUGUACGUUUUGGACUCGGUCUUGCUUUGGACAAUAUCAGGGCAAAAUGAAGAAAUUUUUUGAUUCCCGUCGGGAGUUUGGGGGCUCCGGGCCUGGUCCCGGAUCCGGUGGAGGAGGCGCUGGUUCCGGCGGCGGCUGCAGCUUCAUCGGACGUGUCUUCAGCAUAGGAAGAUAUCAAGUAACCGUGGAGGAAAUAAUCGCCGAAGGAGGUUUUGCCAUAGUAUUUUUGGUGCGGACUCAUCAGGGUGUACGUUGUGCGCUAAAAAGAAUGUAUGUUAACAACGAACAUGAUUUGAAGAUCUGCAAGCUUGAAAUACAGAUUAUGAGGGACCUAGUGGGUAACAAAAACAUAGUCGGCUUCCUGGACUCCAGCAUAACUGCAGUCGGAGCUGGUGAUGUGUGGGAAGUCUUGAUCUUAAUGGACUUCUGUCGAGGUGGGCAGGUGGUAAACCUGAUGAACCAGCGGUUACAGACAGGCUUCACUGAAGCCGAGGUCUUACAGAUCUUUUGUGACACAUGCGAGGCGGUCGCUCGUCUCCAUCAGUGCAAGACUCCAAUCAUCCAUCGAGAUCUCAAGGUGGAAAAUAUUCUUCUCCACGACCGGGGACACUAUGUGCUCUGUGACUUUGGAAGUGCCAUCAACCGCUUCCAAAAUCCUCAGACAGAAGGGGUGGCGGUUGUGGAGGACGAAAUCAAAAAGUACACUACUCUGUCAUACCGUGCUCCAGAGAUGGUCAACCUCUAUGGGGGAAAGGUCAUCACAACAAAAGCAGACAUUUGGGCCUUGGGUUGUCUUCUCUAUAAGCUGUGCUACUUCACCCUUCCAUUCGGUGAGAGCCAAGUGGCUAUCUGUGAUGGCAGUUUCACUAUCCCAGACAAUUCCCGCUACUCACAGGAAAUGCACUGUCUCAUUAGAUACAUGCUGGAUCCCGACCCUGAUAAGAGACCAGACAUCUACCAAGUAUCCUACUUUGCCUUUAAACUGGCUCGACGAGAGUGUCCCGUCCCAAAUCUGCACAAUUUGCCCAUUCCUGCAAAACUUCCCGAGCCCAUCAAAGCCAGUGAAGCAGUUUCCAAAAAAAGUCAAACCAAAGCCAGGCUCACUGAUCCGGUCCCUACCAUGGAAACCUCAAUUGCGCCUCGACAGCGGCCCAAAGCUGGACAGGCUCAGCCCCAGCCUAUAUCAGGCAUUCUUCCCAUCCAGCCAGCACUCACUCCGCGCAAGAGGCCUGGUGUGGCUACUGGAACACCCCAGGCCAUAGGCGUUGGUGUCAGUGUCCCUCCAGCUGCAGCCGCUGUCCAACCUGCUCAACAGGCUCCGUCUACCAACAUGCAGCCACAGGCUGCAUCUCAGCAUCAGCAGCUCCUUAUGAAGCAGCAGCAGCAGCAAGCCUCUGCCUUCCUAAGCCCACAGAGCACUCAGCAGCAUCAUCUGGUACAGAACCUCUACCACCACCAACUGCAGCAACAACAAACAUCUCAAGCAUCCAGUCUGCUGCAGUGCAAAGCUAAACCUGUUCCUCCAGUUGUUACCCUGCAACAUCAGCAGCAGCAGCAUUUAGUCCAUGAAAUGGCAGCUGCCCAUCUCACACCCAUCCCCGAGUCUACAAUUGUUGGUGCUGCAGCUGAGCCAGAGACGGCUGGCAGAGGGAUCCACAAAGUUGGCUCCCUGACACCCCCCUCCUCGCCAAAGAUGGCCACUAAGAGUGGUCACAGACGUAUCCUUAGCGAUGUCACCCACAGUGCCGUGUUUGGGGUCCCGGUCAGCAAGUCGACCCAGCUACUUCAUGCGGCCGCAGCUGAGGCCAGCCUCAACAAGUCCAAAUCAGCAAGCACUACACCUUCUGGCUCCCCCUGCUCAUCCCAACAGAGUGUGUACCAUCCAGGUGACGCGGACACCUCUUCAGCACUCACUGCACCCAACACUCAGCCCACCUGGAACCCCUUUGGCGAUGAUAACUUCUCAAAGCUAACAGCAGAGGAGCUGCUCAACAAAGACUUUGCAAAGCUAGCUGAGACUGCUUCAGCUGGAGAGAAGGUCGUGGGCUCCAGUGAAAAUCUCAUUCCAAGCCUCAAUGCCUUUUCAGAGAAGCUGAUUGAGGGACUCGAGUCCCCUGAUACUUCUCUUCUGCUCCCUAACCUCUUAACCCUGGCUGACUCCUUCAAUACUGCUGCAGAGACCUCCACAAAUGCUAAGGCAGAUGUGUGUGUGGACUCACUGAUUCCUGGGUUGGAGGCUCCUCAGCCCCAGAGACAUUCAGGCCAGCCAGAGCACAUUCCUGCCAGUAUGCCAGACUCUCUCACUGGGGAGGACUCUCUGCUGGGUUGUGAUCUGUUAUCUCAUACCUGUCAUGGAAACCCAUCUGUUCCUGUUCUCCCUUCUUCCUGCUCCUCUGCUCCUCCUGGCUCUGGAACCUGCCUGGAGGAGCUGCCAGCUGGUCAGACUGCUUCUGACUCUGCUUUCCUCAUGUCCUGUGGGGAGAAGGGCAAUGACGACGAGUUUGAUCCUAUUCCUGUGCUCAUCUCCAAAAACUCAAACCAAGGUGGUCACUCGCGCAGCAACAGUGGCAGUUCAGAGUCCAGCAUCCCCAACUUGGCCCGCUCCCUUCUGCUCGUGGAUCAGCUCAUCGACCUCUAGAGGGGGUGGGAGAGGUCGAAGGGGCAGUGUCCAGUCCUAACAAAGGGAUACGGAGAGGGGUGGGGGGUAGAGAUGGGCACGCAGAGACACUUAAUGUAGCACCUUAUGAAGUGAAAGGAGCUGGUAUUAUCUUUAUGUGCCUCCUUGGCCUCAACUCCAUCUCUAGUUGCCUGAUAGCUGGUUUCAUAUGUCUCUGCUAGCUGUUGACAUUCUGAUGCUGGUAAAAAUCUUUUCAUUAAUGCCUGAGCAUAUCGUCUGCUUCUGUCUUGGCUACACCAUGGUCUUCCUCAUGCUUUUCUCUUACUUGCAUUAACAUCCCUCACUGAGUGCACGCCCAUGGUGAACCAUAAUCGUAUGCAAAUGCUAAGCUGCUUGAUCACAGCUGCAUUGUGUUCACUUUGUGCACUCGCUCGCGGUUUAAGCUAUCUUUAAACAAGCCACCUUGAGGCAUGGUGAUAUGUGUCAGGGGUCUGACUAAAGACUGAGGACUGUAAAAUGCUGUAGAUAAUAUGAUGCACUUUCCUAUGAGAGCUUUGAACUAGCAACCAAACAAAGAUGCAAGCUGAGAUCUGUGCUUCUGCACCGAUUGAGCCAGUUUGCAUAUACGAGAAGAAGAAAGUGUCAGUUUUGGAUGGCCUUUAAAGAUUUCUCACACUGUUGCAGUCCACAUAAUCUGCAGAGUCAUGGAAAGCCCAAUCUGUCCAAGCAAUUAUGUGCUAUGAGUCGUUUAUAGAUCAUUUUGUCUAAACCAACUGAGUUGCUUCACAGGCUUGAGCAUACCUGUCACUUCUUUCUGGAUGUUAAGCAGGGCGUUAUGAAUUCUAAAACUACACCUUUAAAUCUGGCAGUUUUGAUAAUUUCCUGAAACUGGUGAAGUCAGUGUUAAUAUGGCUGGUGAAUUUGGCCCCAUUGCCACAGCACGGCAUCCAUUGUCAGCAUUAUCUACAACACUUCACAACGCCACUAAUGUCAACUCAUCCUCAUAUCUUUAACCCAUUGUUGAGGUAAGCACAGCAAAAAUUAAAAAGGGAAUGAAGGUAUUUGACCUGUUGCAAUGCCAAAGCUAAACAACAUUCUGUAAUCAGCUUCUCCUGUGUUGGUCCGCUCUCAGGGUCAGUAUAAAUGAGCAGAUUUUUAGCAGAAUACCACCGUCACAGAGAGGGGAGUGCGAUGUAAAUGUCAUUGAAUCAUGUUACGUAGUUAUUGUGUUAAUAAAUGAACUUUACAUGGAAAUCUUCCUCCUUCCUCUCCCACUAACUUCUCUGUCUUCUCUGGCCAAUUGUUUUUUAGCAUAUACCAUGAGCAGUCAAUUCAGCCAGAAGAGAAGUUUAAAUGUAGAUAAAGUCACACUUUUUUUCCUCAUUUUUGCUCUUGUCAGCAUUGAUAAAAGUAGAUUUUAGUGUGUAACAUUUCAUCAUGGUAUGAUUAAAAGUGACUAUUAUUGAUAGUGCUUUAAAAUGAAUGUAUUGAACUGAGGACCAUUAUAAAAUAUGUAAAAAAUGUAUAAGGAUGUAUAGAUAAAAACAUAUUUGUGUAUGAGGCUUUAUUUAAGAGUGCAAAAAUGUUGACUGUCCAAAGUCCUUCCGUCUUUUCCCUCCAUACUUGUCAAAUAUUUGGCUAGUGCUCGCGGUUUUAGAUGUCACCAACAAAACAUGAAACUAAGUGCUUUUGAAUUGCUUGAUUGGAUAGUAUUUGUUGCUCUCCAUUGCAGUUGUUCUUUAUACACUAGUACUGGUACAUGUAUAAGUUACUGUAUAUGUCUGGAUAGAUUUUAUUAACAGAGCUAAUGACGGAAUUGACUUCCUGAUAACGCUGGAAUACCUUUCACCUUUGUCUCUUAUAGUUGAUUAAAUAACGAUAAGAAAGGCUUGUGUGACAGCUGUGCGAGUUUCACUGCAUCUGAUCACAACCACUUCAACAAACUCAGUCUAAAUGUCAGCAUCCCACCAAGUGUUACAUUUAUUAUCUUAUUUUAAUCUUUCUAUUUUUUUUUAAGAUAUGUGCAUAUACCUGAUAAAAUAUAUAGACUUAGAGCUUGGAGUAUCAGAUGUUUUCUCCACCUGUUCUCUCUGUAUGACAUAUUGUAAGAAUUGUUGCUGUGUGAAAGUAAUUGCUGCGCUCCAUGGGUUGAAAUACUAACAGAUACAAUAAUCAUAAUCUUAAUGGUGGGUUUGUUGCAAAGCCAAAAUUCCACAGAAAAAUCUUUUCCAAAAUUUUUUGUACCUAAUUCAUCCCACAGUGUUUGCCAUAGAAACACAGUUUAAACACCAAAAUGACCGACCUGGUUGUGUAACGAGUGCUUUUAUACAGUUUGGAGGUAUGUUUUAAUUGUCUUGUUUUUUCUUUUUCUUUUUUUUUUUUAGAUGAAAUCCCUUUAAUAUUCAGAGCUAAACUGGAGAGACUGACCUAGUGAGAGAAAAAAAAAUUCAUCUGAAAAAGUUCUUUAACUUGUCUGUAAGCCCACAAUUUUCACUCUACAGGCAUCAUUUUACCACCAAAUUGUAGGAAAAUUCAGCCCCUUUCAAAUGAUGUCCUCCUAAAAGCCAGCAGAUGUACACUCUUUGAUCUGUUGGCAUUUGAGUGAGAGGAGUGCCAUCUAAUCACCUGAUACAGUU